GGUGAUAUUUGACUGGGUGCUUCGUGCUUAUGCAAAAAAUGUCCUCCACAGCUGCACAUCGCAUGAACCUUGCUGCCUUGCAAAGAGUAGAUUCUGCGAUUUCUGAAAUUGUUGAUACUGCCAGCCAAGUUGCACUUUACAAGUUUUCAUCCGCAGCUGGUGGCUGGGAAAGGACCGAAAUCGAAGGAGCGUUGUUUGUUUUUUCGUGGACACGAUUGCCUUGCAAUGGCUUGCUUGUGAUGAACCGUUUGAACACGACAAAUUUCCUGGAGCCCAUUACGCAGGACUUCGAGUUUCAUGUGCAGUCCCCCUUUCUUUUAUACAAGAAAUCAAGCUCUGAUAUUUACGGUGUGUGGUUCUACGAAGAGAAAGAGUGCAACAGAAUAGGAGAAGUUUGUCAAAGUCUAGCAAAAAUGCCAAACAGACAGGCUAGAGGAAGGCAGCGCUGCAUGUCCGAGAGCGACAGCCACGGCAAGGCGACCGGCACGCAGAAUGGGGAGAAGUCACGUGACAUUGUGUCAUUGCUGGCACGUGCCAAGGAUCAGUAUGACAUGAAAAAAUCUGAAGCGAACACGAAUGGCCCCCAUGGUGGUGGACGCUCCCGAUCACGCAAGCAGCCCUCCUCUGCGACUCGCAAUGGCACCAUCCAGCAAGUCAACGGCCAGCACAAGCCUGUCACGAACGGACAGGCCAGUGUCUUGAAGCCCACCCCUGUGAGAGCGGCCACCAAUAGCCGCGCCGAACCUCCCACCCAGUCGACCCCACUUUCGGUGGAGUCCCUGUUUUCGGCAGCAAUGUGUGCUCAGCGUGGGCCGAAUACACCCGAGACUUGUAGGCCAAGCUCUGUGGGUGUCAGCGAAUGUACAGUCGUGAAUGGGAAAGGCGAUGUACUGCAAGAACUGCUUUCCAACCCAGCGAAUCUGCUGGAGCAUGUGGAACGUGUGCAGCGCAACGAGAGUGAUGCAGUGGAGAUUUCUCCGAGACAGCGUGCUCAGUCAUGCUCUGUACCCAGUGCUGCCAGACAGGUGGAACAAGACCUUCGGCACAAGCUGAAACUCGAAGAGGAUGCAUGCACAGAUGCUAAGACAUCUCUGAUCACCCCGGCCAUGUUAGAACGAGGUGUGACCAGACUGGGGAAGUCCGUUUCUCCGACAACGUCCCUUCUAUCACCUUUGAUGAGACAGCAGAAUGGCAUACCACCCCCGGCAUCUGAGCUGCCCCUGCUGUCACCCAUGGCCUUCACAAAGUCAUCGUCCUCCACUUUACUUAAUGGCAGUGCAUCUCCAGUGCCAAAGAGUUUCGUGCAGCCAGAAGUCCCGUACCUGAAUGGCGAUGAUACUCAGGAGCCAUUGGUGCCACUACGUGUGCUCUCUGCAAAUCCAGCACCGGUUACGCUGAACCGGAAGCAAGAGCGAGUCACACCACUCACCAAAGAGCAGAUACGCGAAGCACUGGUCCACAUGUUGCAGACUGAUGAUGAUUUCUUGCUGAAGAUACACGAGGCCUACAUAUCAAGCCUCAGGUCGAGGUUCAGCCUCGGCUUCUUGUGACAUCCCACUACAGGAUGUCGGAAACGUCGCGGCUAAGGCAACGGAGGAAAAUUCAGCACGAUAUCGGCACCACUUCAUUGUGUGAUGUACAUUUUUAAUUGUUAUUACUUGUCACUUUUUUUCUGGCGUUUUAGUUGUAGCUGCAUACAUCCGAACUCAAACGGAAGCAAAGCCCCCGUGUGGAGCGUUUUUUGCCUGAUCAUCAUCGGUUUCGUCAUCGGUUCAGUUAGUGUCAACAUGUCUUCCUCCACGCUUCUAACUUUUGGUGCAAUUUCCAGUGUCUUUUAUGUCUCGUGCAACUGCUCUCUUUUUUUUUCUUCUUCUUCUUCUUUUUUGCAGCUUUAUUCUGCCAGUUUUCCUUUUUUAUCUUCAGCAAACUCAUCGUAUCUGUGUUGCUAGCCCCACGUAUUGGAAAGCACCUCAUGUCAUACAUAUACAGCGUUAAUUAACACACAUGUACGUUGUCAUCAGCGAUCGACCGCAAAGUGCUACAAGCAGAGACGGCUUUCACUUCCCUCAGUGACUGUGUUACGUCUGCAAGUCUUUCAGCUAGUCUUCUCCAGAGGUAUUAGCACGAAUUACCCUGUUUGUUUUAUGCUUCGAGCGACUUCUACUUAAUUCUAGCAUAGAAUGAGGUCGUCCAUGUGUUUCUCAUCAUACCUGUUGUAAUAAGUGUGCAUGAUAUUGGUAUGUGUGCAUGGUUAUGUGAAGCAUGUCUAGAUUAUCAGCAUGUGUAAAGGGUUAGUGAACCCGUGGAUCUCUGGAUUCUGAGGCUCUUCAUAGAAGAUGAGCCACAUCCCUCCCGAUACCGCGCAAGUGCAGUGCACACUUCACACACAUGGAUUUGGCUCGGUGAAGGGCUGCAUUGUAAAAAUGUUGAUUUAAUGUGCAACUUUGAAGUGCUACACAGGGUGCAGACAUACCGAGUGUUGUGUAGAUGUGAAAGUUAGGCACGUGGUGCUGUGCCGGUGUGAUUUAUCUAAACUUGUGCACAUUUGAGGUGGCUGCCUCCUGUAAUAUACGGGAAGGGAGGAUAGUGUUUACAAAUUUUUUUAUCAAUUGCUUUUAAGCAUAUGGAAGUGAACCUUGGUGUUUUGUCUGUUUGUGAUUAAUGUGCUUUGCAUCGAACCUCGAUGGUUAAAAUUUGCCUUAAGACUUGCUUUGCUUGGCACUGACGCAGUCUGUUGAUUGGCGGCCACUUUCGGAAGAUUUUGCUUGAAUAGCAGAUGUGCCGUCAUUGGGUAUUACAAAAGCUUGUCGGUAAAUUUCGUCUACUGCGCCUGUCGGCUGCACGUGUUAACUACAACAUGAACACAAUGGCCGUGACUAAAAAUGACACUCUCAAUGAGAAUAUACUUGAGCGUUCAGACAACAGUUGCUACGAGAUUGCCAGUGCUGGUGUUCCUCCCAUCGGCACAUAAGGCAUGAUUUACAUUUUAAAGUUCCUAAUCUAGGUCCAGAUGCAACGCAUUGAACUCACUUCUGUGAUGCAUAACACUGUGUGCAUAUCUAUGUGUCAACAUGAUGGCAUUCUUUAUUGUACAGAGGUGCUAGACUGGCAUGUGUCUUCUCAGAUUUUAAAAGAAAGAGCCAGUAGUAUGUACAUGUUUUAAUGUGUUUUGUCACUGUCCCGUUUGUGGAUACAUUAUCUAGUUUUAUAUUGUAUUUUAAUUGUAAAUUUCUGCUUUUAGCAUUGUCAGCAAGGGUGUGCAGUAGCGUGUACUUGAAAUUUUAAAGUUCUUCUGUCAGGGAAGGGGUUGCAAGAUGUGUCCUUUGCUUUAAGGUGUCGCAGUCAUUGUAAAAACAAACUGUGUAUUAUUUCUGUGGCAGUUGUAUUUAAUGUAGUAUUCUUGUGGGCAGAAUAUCAUAUCCAUUGGCCAUUUUAUAUUGUAUUGUAUGCCUCUAGGUCGUACGUAGCAGUGUAAGUGAGCAUUUGUAAAUAGUUGGGUGGAUUUUCAGAAGGUCACUCACUAUAGGGUAGCAGGGUAGGAAAUAAUUUUGUGCAGGCGUGCUUGCGUUGAUAUCAGUACUGUACGCAUACUGUCGCUUUUUUCUCACCGUUUCUUACCACGAAGCAAAAUAUGGAAAUGCAUGUACAAAUUUCCAAAAAACAACAAAUGACUGGCUCUCAGCAAUGAUGGUGAAAAUCUGUUCUUGCCCAAAAAGUGGAGGAAAAACUGGAAAUAGGGAACACAUUUUCUCGAACUGCAGUUUCCUGCACCAAUUUCAGUGCAGUGCACAGUUCUUUGGUUCUUAACUGUAUGCGAAGUUUCCCCACCAAUUUUUUGAUGCAGCAGUACACCGUUCUCUCUCUCUCUCUCUCUUUCUUUAUUUUUAUUUUUAUUUUUUUUAUUCUGAUGACUAUAUGUGAAUUGACAGGAGUUGAAGGGCGCUGACUAGCUGCUGCAAAACUGCGAAGAGGGCAAAACCCGAGACAGGGAAGAAAGACACAUUCUGUGUGUGUAUGUGUUGUGUCUUUCUUUUCUGUCUCGAGUUUUGUCCUCUUCGCGACUAUAUGUGAAGUGGGUCUGUAUCUGCUGAUUGACUUCUCUUGAAAGCAAAGUAAAUUGGUUUACAUCAUUAUUGCUGAGAGCCACACUGUUGUAAUCAGACCUGCGAGAGCACCAACCCAAGUGUGUGCAACCUUCAGAUAUCAUGGAAGUUGAAUUUGGGUUUUAAUUUAUUUUUGUCUAUGAUAUCGAUGUCGGAAAUGGAAGAAAAAGCUGUAGGGAUCAGCUUGACAUGCUCCCAAGUUCACGGUGUUGCCCAUACUGCAGUGUAAUGUAUGACACCACAUCAAGAGUGACUUUUCUUGUUCUUUUUUUCUUUUUCUUUUUGUGCAGUGUUCUGAAUGUAUAUCUGUGCAUACUGUAAAUUGUACAGUGUAAAUAUCAGACAGAUGAAUGCAAAAAAAAAAAGAGAGAGAGAGAAGUAUUGCGACAUGGCAAAGUGGACAUAACUGGACUCAUGUCUCUGUGAAGAUGCAAGAAAGCUUUGACGGGCUGUGCCAGCUGCCAGUUUCAUCAGCACGAAGUUUUUAUCCUGUGUUUCUUUUUCUCUUUUUUUUUAGAAACGAGUGUUCUUGACUACAAAGACACUGUGGUCCUCCAGAGACCCGAGCACUUUCUUAUCCGCGAACAGUUGUGCUGCUGAGAGGUUCAGCAAAAAGUGGCGGCUCUGAAAGUGACCAAAGUGACCUUCAUCGACGAAUGAUGACAUUUUCAGUGAAGAGUGUACGUCGAUAAUACGGGUCCCUGAUGACACAUCUCGAAAAACAGUCUUGUGUUGUGCCUACUUGCGGAUCGCUAUCGAGCGUUUCAACACGAACAGCAAGUUCCUCUGCAGUGCAGGCAUCAACACGCGUCAACGUGUAUCUCAGGAUCGCACGACUAGGCGGAGAUUGUGAUAGCCAAGGUAGAUUGAGAAAGUUUGCCUUUCUAGUAGAGUUGGUGAUAGUGACACUACUGGUGGUAGGAGUGCAGAAGAAGAAAUAGGUGCUGCGAGCACUGUGUAAUUAAGUGAUUGGUGCAUUGGCGCCUUGUUCCCAGACACGUGCAAUAUCCACGCCAGUCAGUGCAAGUCACAAGCAUUGUGACAUCACAGAGUCGGAUAGUGGCUCUCGUCAUUUCUACCUUUUUUUCUUUCCUUCUGUCUUUUACAACUGUAAAAAAAAACGAUUGGCUAAAAAAAUGUAUGUGCUAAUGCUCAUCUUGUUAGUGAUGCACUAAACCAAACUUGAGUAACUUGACUUUUGUGUUUUCCUCUUCAUUUUGGAGUGAACCUUGUAGUAGCAUUAUUAUUAUUAUUUUUUUUUUUCAGUGUGAAUGCUGACGUCCAUACACUUUCUCGUGUAGACACAUGCAGGCAUGCGUAAACUAAUCACAAAAGCAACCCUGCUUUGUUCAGGAAAAGUGCGUACAUGCUUCUGCUCUUGUCUGUCUGUGCACUAUGUAAAAGUUGUGCAGUUGCCACAAAACCUUUGUGUGUUUUUGCUCAUUCAGCUAAAAUCAAAAGGUAUUGCGCGAAUUGAUUAACAAGUGGUCGCACAGUCGUAACUGUCACGUUGUGAUAUUCCUACAUGAUGUCAAGUACGUGCCAACAGCAAGUUUGAUGGCCUCUGUUGGAUUUCUCUGCAAGCCCGAGUGCACAUAUAAGAAAUAUCCCGCAGUAAUUUUUGCUCGACAGAGGCAGUGUGUGAUGCAAGCAUAGACAACAUGACAACUUGCUGUUGGAACCUUUGUACCUCGCACAUAUUGACCUUGACACGUGUACCUGCAGAACACAUCUAGAAAAUGCGUCUGUUUUCUGAAAGCCGGGUAGCUUGAACUGUUUUUUUACUUUGGUGACUUUACUCUGAGCCUGGUUUCAAAUUAGUAACACAUUAACACUGCUCAUGAUACACCCACGAAUACUAACUGCUUCAGUAGUGUGCUUAGUGACCAUGUUACAUGUGCACAAUAUAUGUGUUAUAUGUACGUUGUUCUUCUUCAUUCGGAUGUUAUCCAUGCGACCACUGCAUUGCUGCAUUUUGCACAUGUUUUUCCUAAAAGGUAUCACGCAGAACAUAGUAUCAUUGCUUUUAAUGCCUCACGAUGCUAGUUACGUGGUACAUUCUGACUGCAAUUGCUGUGACAUUUGCACGGCACUUGUUUUACAAGCUUCACGCUAUUGCUUAUACGAUGACACUUUCGAAGGCAGCAGUAUCGUCAUGCGCAAUAUAAAUUGUGCAAAACUUGCUACCUAUCUAUCUUCGGUAAAGUUAAUAUGACCUCCUGACACAUUGCAUGCUGCUUUCACGGGUGCAUGUAGUGUAUGUCAGAUAGUGCUGUGGUACUUAUAUUUUCUGGGAAGGAAAACCUUUUUAAAAAAAAAAGGAAGAAAGAAAGAAAGACAUCAUUUGCAUUUUCACAUUGGCUACCUGUGGUAGCAUAAUCUUUAGAAUGAGUUGAAAAUAAGCAAUAGUUGAAUGAAGACCUGAAUUCAAGUGCCAUAUUGAGAGAGAUCUAUAUAGAUAUAUAUGUACAUAUAUAAACAUAUGCCUGAAUGUGCGUUAAAAAUUUGGCUUUCUUUUUUAUUGAAUCCAACUUAUAAAUUGCUUCUGGAAAGGGCAUUUUAAUCUCCAUUGCUCUGCUUUCACAUUGCAAUUAUUUCUGAUGUUGCUAACACAUAUGUCUAAUAUCGCCAUGCAUUUGGCGCAGAAAUGUUAUUUCUAAAUUUUUUUCAGUCUGCAGAAGUGUAACAAAAUCUUUUGCAUUGAGGAAAAGUUUCUCUGUUGCAGGCAUGUGUAUUUGUGAGCAUAAAGUCACAUUUCCGUGGGGUCUCGCUAUUAAAAGAUGCGCUAUGAGGUCUAAUUUUGACUAAUUUUUGCAUUAAACUGCCCCCUAAGGGAGUAUUAUUUUUUUUCUUCUUUUUGAGAGGGGACAAAGCAUCUUCAUUCAAGGUUGGGGUUGAACAUCUAUAAAGCUGCCACUGUCAUAAAUGGAUGUGCAGAGUUAUGUGGCAUCUAUGUUACGGCAAAACUUGUGUUAUAAAGAUGCAAUUGAGUUUCAUUAGUAAACGAUACAAGUAAGACAUACGCGUAUUAAGUCUUUGAUUCACAUCUUGGGCAGUCAAUUCUGUACCUGGCUGCCAUUUUUAUGCUACAUUGGCUGUGAGAUGCUGUCUUUCGGCAGCACCAUUUUACUUGUCGAAAUAUAUUAUUGUUAAUGCUUAUCAGAAUUCAUGUGCAUCAUGUUAAUGGAUUCACACAUGAUAAGCUUCAACUUAUCAGCUGAUUUCAGUGAAAAAUCUUCACAUGUAUCUAGAAUGUCACUUAAUAUGCUGUAGAACCCUUAAUGUUUGCAAACCCUGAAUUUUAAAGGCAUGCAGAAAAUUAAUUCAUGUUUAAAAAACUAUGCUGCAAUUGCAUGGUAUAUCAUCACAGCUGGUUGCACGGGAUACUAUUAUGCCUUUGACCUAUUUUGCACCACAAGCGUGGCCAAUGGCAGUUUUAUCAAAUGAAGUGGUACAGACAAUUUAUCGGGGGGGGGGGGGGGGCACAAAUUCUAGCAACGAGAAUUUGCAAAAUUUAGUGACUGUAAAUAUGUACCCUGCAUCUAAUUGGUAAAAAUUGGGGCUGCAAAAUUAACGGGUUUUACAGUAUUCUGCAGAAAUGAUGAAAACAAAUUGGAUCUCUGUGAGAAAUGAUGUCUUAUAGAGGUAUGCUGAUUGGCCCAUAAAUCUGUGUUGCCAAAGAAUUAUUUUUUAUCAAUAAACAAGAUUCAAUUGGCACUUA